AUGACCAAGCUCGCGCCCGCAGACACCACAGACCUCUCUCAGGGAAAGGAGGCGCAGCCGUACCGCAAGAUCGGUAAGAUCAUCGACGAGAUCAUAGACACGGUCAUCCACCUGAAGGAGAAGGAUGAGCGCGCAAUGCGAGUCAUCCGGCCCAAGGCGGGGGCGCAACUCAGCACCGUCGGACCGCGGAUGCAGCUCUCUCCGUCCCUGCCGCGUGGCAUGAGCACCGUGUGGCAGCGCGCGGAGCCCGUGUCGGAGGAGACUCCGCAGCCCACGUGCUACUGUCAGAUGUCUGACGCUGCCAUGCUCGUGGGACUGUCCGACGGGUCCGUCCAGCUCGUCCACGCGGGGCUCCUGCCGGACCUCGCAGGCUUCGACCCCGUGGAGGCUGAGUUCGUGGGCGUGGGCCUGCAGAUCGCGAAGGACGCGCCCGUGGCGCUCCCGAACGAUGCGGGGCCCGUGCACGCACUGGUGCAGCUGCGCACGUGGGAGGGCGGGCCGCUGCUGGCGCUCGCGGUGUGCGGGACGUCCGCGGUGGUGCUGCGCAUCACCGAGCGCGUCGUCGGAAGCCCGAGGCGCGGGGAAAAGCCCGGGUCGGCAGGACAGGGGGCGGGUGCGGGAGGCGGGGGCCGCGUCCGGUUCGGUACGCCGGAGGAGGAGACGGUUCGGAUGGAGCUCGUGGUGCUGGAGGGGUCGGUGUGCACGAUGGAGCAGCCCCUCGAGAGCCCCGUGUGGGCGUCGGCGUGCCCGCUGCGGUCGCGGUACCCGGGCGACCCCACGGGGGCUGCGCUGUGCGGGCGGGACGGGCGGGUGACGGUGCUCCGCGUCGUGCCGAUGUACCAAGACGGCAACCCGACGUCGAGUGCGGGGGGCAGGGGGUCGCCGACGCGGAUGGAGAACCCCGCCGGCGGCAGGGAGGUGCCGCCGGUGAGAGUCGCAGUGUCGGUGGCGGCGACGUGGACGAUCGCGGUGGCGGAGGGCAUGGGGCGCGUGGACUGGAUGUGUCCGCCGGUGCACCCGCCGGUGGUGCUGGCGUGGGAGCGGCACGGGAACGACGUGGUGCUCUUCGACGCCCCGCUGGAGGUCCCGCAGGCGCCGCCCACGCCCGACGCCGACAAGAAGGGGGGCGAGAAGAAGGGGGAGAAGGACCGGGACAAGGAGAAGGAUGCGAAGGGGAAGGCGAAGGGCGAGAAGGCGCAGCCAGCGGAGGGGGAGGCGGAGGAGGGCGACGCGGUGGCAGACCCGGUGCCGCGCAACUGGGUGUGGCACACGUCGUGCCCGCUCUCGCACGUGCACGUCGACCUGUCGCGCGGGGGGAUGUGGCUGUGCGGGGACGACGGGACCGUGGACCACAUGUCGCUGGCCAUGCUCGGGCGGGACGCCAGCAUCGGGCCCGUCAUCGACGCAGUGGUGUCCGUCGCGACGGUGCCGGGGAUGGGGAUCUUGUUCGCGGACAAGACCGGGAACAUGUACAGCGUCGACGUGAACUGGAACGGGCUCUCAAAGGUGGCGAAGGUGUCGAUGGGGUUCAAGGUCGGGGCGGUGUACGGCGCGGGCGACCUCGGGGCGUGGAUCUUCUCCGCCGACGGAGAGCAGAUCGUGUUGCUCUCGCAGGACAAGCGCGUGGCCGCGCGCCUGCUGUGCCCGCGAGCGGACCGGCGGUUCGCGCCGAGGGAGCCGCCCGUGCUCAUGGCCGGGCCGGGCCGAGGGGGGCCUGGUGCGGACCACAGUCUGACGUGUUGCGUGCGCGACGAGCUCGACAACAAGCUGCUGUUCGCCUACAUCUUCACUGUGUGA